AUGAGUAUUGGUUCCUCAGUAAGUGUUCCAGAUUGUGACCAGGUGCCUGGAGCACUGACACAGAUUGAUGCUAGCAACGGACAAGUCUUUGGUGUGAACAGUGCUGGCAAUGUUUAUACCUCAUAUGGAAGCCCAUGGACCCAGUUACCAGGAAUACUGACCCACGUCACAACUGGUCUUUCUGGCGUCUGGGGCGUGGACUCAAACUACAGCGUCUACAAGCUCGUGGGGGGCAGCUUGAGGCUGGUUACAGGUUUGUUCAAACAGAUAGAUGCAGGUGGAAACCAGUUUGUUGUCGGAGUCAACGUGAAUGAUGACAUCUAUUGCCUGCCCAAGCCAUCAGCCGUCACUGCUGAUGGUAGCUCACCACUGCCCUGGAUCCACAUUGAAGGAAAACUCAAUUACUACUCUUGUGGGCCUCUGGGAUGUUGGGGGGUUAACUCCACAGACGCCAUCUAUUUCCGGCAUGGUGUCACCCCAGAUUCCUGCGCUGGAACCAGGUGGCAGAGUGUGCCUGGCUCACUUUCCAUGAUCGAGGUUGGCACAGAAGGAGAUGUGUUCGGAGUAAACAGUGCUGGAAACAUUUAUCGCAGGGGUGGAAUCACCAAAAACAAUCCCACUGGAACUUCUUGGGCACACGUAGACAAACAAGCUGGAAAGGCCAAACAUGUGUCCUAUGACCUGGGCCAGCUAUGGAUUGUCACUUCAGAAGGGGACAUCUUCAGAUACAAAGUGUGA